AACCCUAGUUUUGGUAUCGCCCCAGUUCAGAGGUCAUGCGCAGGCGCUGUUUUCAACACACGGCAUCUUCACAAAUCGCUAACUAGCUGAAUCAUUUGGUGGAAGUCUCCCUUUUUCUUGUGAUUGUACGUUACUUGUCUUGCAGUGCAAUGGCGGCAAGAUACGACAGAGCUAUUACUGUAUUUUCUCCCGAUGGUCAUCUCUUCCAAGUGGAGUAUGCACAAGAAGCUGUAAAGAAAGGUUCCACAGCGGUGGGAAUCAGAGGUAAAGACAUUGUCGUCCUUGGUGUUGAGAAGAAAUCUGUGGCAAAGUUGCAGGAGGAAAGGACUGUCCGUAAGAUAUGUGCCCUGGACGAGCAUGUCUGCAUGGCAUUUGCAGGCCUGACAGCAGAUGCCCGUAUUGUGAUAAACAGAGCUCGGGUUGAGUGCCAGAGCCACAGGCUAACCGUGGAGGACCCAGUCACAGUGGAAUACAUCACACGCUACAUAGCUACACUGAAACAGCGCUACACUCAAAGCAAUGGGCGCAGGCCAUUUGGCAUCUCUGCGUUAAUUGUUGGCUUUGACGACGAUGGAACUCCCAGGCUGUAUCAGACUGACCCUUCAGGAACCUACCAUGCCUGGAAGGCAAAUGCUAUCGGCCGUAGCGCAAAAACUGUGAGGGAGUUCCUGGAGAAGAAUUACACAGAUGAAGCCAUUGCUGGGGACAAUGAGGCAAUCAAGUUGGCUAUCAAAGCUCUGCUUGAGGUUGUCCAGUCAGGAGGGAAAAAUAUUGAACUUGCUGUUAUCAGACGGAAUCAGCCACUGAAGAUUUUGGAAUCCAAGGAGAUUGAGACCCUGGUGGCUGAGAUUGAGAAGGAAAAAGAGGAAGAGGCAGAGAAGAAGAAGCAGAAAAAAUCCACUUGAAGCAGAUAACUAAGAGUUUUUCUUUAUUGCACUUGGAUGACAAUAGCAUAUUUGGGUUGCAAAUUAUAGAAGGGUUACUUCUGUCAUUCAUUUCAUUGUGAAGAGCUAAAUCAUAACUUGAGAUCUGUUGAUGUUGCUCAAAUGUUAUGCAUCCAUUUCUGAGUGAUACUGUACAGUUUGCAAAGAAUAUCAAGUUCCUAUACUUCCAGCUAUUAGGUUGACUGUAAUUAUAAGCACAUACAUAGAUCUCAAGUUAGGUUUUAGAUCUUAAACUACGCUUACAGGACAUUUUUAUAUCAUACACCACAGUUCUGAUGGUGAUGAAUCUCAAAUGUUGGAAUAAACCUGUUUGUAACAUUCAGAAUCAUAAUGAAACGAAAUGUCCAAUAAACGCUGACUUGUUUGUAA